CUGGAAAGCAUCGACAGUUUAUUUACUUAGAUUUCACUACGAUUAAAGUAACUAUUCUAAUUUACGAAGACAAAAUGGCCGAGAAAUCCCUACCCGCUAUCACCACCGAAUCUAUAGAAGAAUCCUUGCACCGGCUCUCUAAGAAGCCCGGCGUCAAAGCAUGGCUCAUGCUCGACCGAACAAACGGCGCCGUCCUCAAGACCAACGGCCAGAUAUCCACUAUCCGACCAGCGCGAUCUCCUGCUCCAAUUGAUAACAACAAUAAGACUUCGCUGCCGCUACCGAAUCCCACCGGCGGGUCUUUCUCGACCGAUGUCAACGCCAACACCAAUAAUGAGACACAAGCCGCGCAAGAGCUCGGCAGUAUGGUCUGGACGUUCCUGACUACUGCCGGGAGCUUGGUUGACGAGAUUGACUCAGAGGAUGAACUGAAGUUACUUAGACUACGCACGAAGAAGCAAGAGCUCGUAAUCGUGCCCGAGCUCAAAUACCUACUAGUCGUUGUCCACGACACGCCUCCGGUGUAGGAUUGCGAUAUCACCUCUACACCAUUCUUCGAGUUUGAAGACUCAUAGCCUAGCUUUCGUAAGCUAGCGACUAUGACGUACACUGCAUUGGGCGGCGUUCAGGAUGGCAUUAUACCCAAGAUUGCCAGGAUGGAAUUGAUUUGAUAUGAUGGUGGGGGAGGUUAGGCUUCGAGAUCGACAACCCUAGUGUUGGAACUCUUGCUGCUUCUACACUAAUUAGGAGUUAUGUUGUUGUGGAUAUAACGCCAGAGAAUGCAAAGCCUUUUGUGCCCCGUCUACGCAAGGUACCAGCCCCAUAGAAGUCUAGCGCGUUCAUGUUGGAGGGUAUAAGAUGACGACCAAGCUGGCCUGCUGACGUUAGGUUGCAAUAUACUCAUCAAUACAGCGGAGGUUUCGAUGUCUACCACCUUGCUUUGUUGAAGACUACGCUAAAAUGUCUAAAGCUGACCUCCCACCUCA